CCUGCCCCUCCCCGGGCACAUUUCAGAGCAGGCCGGGUUGUGGACGCCAAGAGUUUGCCAAACAGCAAACACUGGUGUGUGAGCGGCUGAAGGGGACUCUUUCCACUCCGAUCUCCCUCCCUCCCAGCCUGUUUUGAUUUACUAGGACUUCCUCCUCCGGGCGAGGCGGGGGAAGGACGCCGCCGAGAGCCUGGAGUUGUGCGCGUGUGCGUGUGCGAGUGUGAAGUGCAGCGCUGGAGUGCAACAUGCUGUAAUGGGAGGAAACAGAGCGGCGUCGGAGCGCCCUGGACCGCUGCGGCCGUUCUGAGCGCAGUGGCGCCGAGCAGCCCCUCCCGGAGCCGGUGUGACCUGUCCCUUCAGGCUCCAACCAGGAAUGGAGACGCCAUUGGAUGUUUUGUCCAGGGCAGCAUCUUUGGUGCAUGCUGAUGAUGAAAAACGUGAAGCUGCUCUCCGAGGAGAACCCAGAAUGCAGACCCUGCCAGUGGCCUCUGCCCUCAGCAGUCACCGCACCGGUCCUCCCCCAAUCAGCCCCAGCAAGAGGAAGUUCAGCAUGGAGCCAGGUGACGAGGACCUAGACUGUGACAAUGACCACGUCUCCAAGAUGAGUCGCAUCUUCAGCCCCCAUCUGAACAAGACUGCCAAUGGAGACUGCCGCAAAGACCCACGGGAGCGGAGCCGCAGCCCCAUCGAGCGCGCCGUGGCUCCUACUGUGAGCCUGCACGGCAGCCACCUGUACACGUCCCUCCCCAGCCUUGGCCUGGAGCAGCCCCUCGCACUGACCAAGAACAGCCUGGACGCUGGCAGGCAGGCCGGCCUCUCACCCACACUGACCCCAGGGGAGCGGCAGCAGAACCGGCCCUCCGUGAUCACCUGCGCCUCAGCCGGCGCCCGCAACUGCAACCUCUCGCACUGCCCCGUUGUGCACAGUGGUUGUGCUGCGCCCGGCCCCGCCAGCUACCGGAGGCCACCGAGCGCCACCACCACCUGUGACCCCGUGGUGGAGGAGCAUUUCCGCAGGAGCCUGGGCAAGAACUACAAGGAACCUGAGCCAGCACCCAACUCUGUGUCCAUCACAGGCUCCGUGGAUGACCACUUUGCCAAAGCUCUGGGUGACACGUGGCUCCAGAUCAAAGCGGCCAAGGACGGAGCGUCCAGCAGCCCUGAGUCUGCCUCUCGAAGGGGCCAGCCCGCCAGCCCCUCUGCCCACAUGGUCAGCCACAGUCACUCCCCCUCCGUGGUCUCCUGAAGGGAGCGCCUCCUCCAACACCACGUGGAUGUGCAUGGUUUGCCUGAGCUUUGAACAGUGCUUAAAAAAAAAGGGGGGGAGGGUGGGGGGAAGGGAUGGUUUAUUCGCAAAAACCAUGUUGUUGGGAUUUUUGUUGUUUUGUACUUGCUUGGUAUCCGUAUAGGGGGGCCCUCAAACAUGACAGCAGGAACUACGUGUGGAACAUCUGUCUAAUGUAGCAUCCUUACUUCCUGCCUCAGUUACCAAAGAAACCUCUGAUGCAGGUCUGCUGCCCCGACGGGGCCAGGACUCCACAGCGCUUUCUCAGUCACAAGCCAUGAUGAAUUGGUGACUCAGACGCUUUGUGCUUUUUCCUUUGCUUCUUGAGACCGGGGUGUGUGCAGCUCAGCUUCCACGGCGUGUUUGGUUCGGUCCGUGUGUGUGCGUGUGUAUACUUGAAGAGAACUGUCGUGUCUGAUUUGCACUAUUGGAGGAGGACUAAAGUUGCCUGCCAACUUUGUGUGUGAUGCCAGAACUCUGAGGGCAAACUGCUGAAAAACAAAGGGUUUAAGGAUGACAUUUCUGACCAUUUGUGUUUGUUGUUACUGUUUUUUUUUUUUUUUUAAAUCUAGACAAUACAGCUUUGGAAGGGGAAGUCUCAUACAGGUUAUAGGUCUUUCUCUCUCUAGAUUUCAGGUGCUUGCAACUGGACUGCAGACUCUACCAAUCACGGGCAUUUUACUUUCUCUGAACACUGCAGUUUGUUAGACUAGAGCUGAGGUUGGAGGAUUCCAUAGUGCUUUAAACGUGAUGCAUGUUUUAAUGGAGAAAAAAUAGCUGGUUUCUAUUAAUUAUAUAGGCAGUAAACAAAAACUUAAUACUAUCUUCUUGUCAGAAUUAGUUUAUUUUUGUCAGUUACAGUCCUAGAUAUACUUACUGCUGGUACAGUUGUACUCUAAGAUUUGUAUUUGAUAUUCACUUUACUCACAAGUAGUGCGGGAGGCCAGCUCCUGGCCGGCCCUCGCGAUGAGCAGUGGUCAGCUGCGGUGUGGGAUGCUGGAGUUGUGCUGCAGACUGACAUCAUUUAUUUUUGCAUCCCUGUCUGCUUUGUUAUAAGCUCCCAGGGGAGGUGGGGUUUGUGUCUUCCAAAUUCCCUACAUGCAGAAACUGCUCCCUUUGGACUCUUGGCUGAACAGCAGAUUACUGACAAUCUGUGAUAAUAGUGUUUCUUAUGCUUCCUCGUACGCUGGGGCCAAGGUAGUAUACAUUCCUCUGACUUUAUACCGUUAUUACUGCAUUUAUUAUUCGCUAUAUUAAUAGUUACUAACUAGAAAUUAGAUGAAUCAAGCAUGACAGACACAGUUGUGGAAGUCACAGCUGCUGCUCUUUUUGGUCAAUGAGCGUUUCUAUCCCCUCCACCAGGGUGUGCUAUGUCCCACCUGGCCCACCAGAAGCUCACGCAGCCGCCACCUGACCAGGUGACACAGGCGUGGUCACCUCCCCUGCAAGGCUUUAUGGCCUCAUGUACACAGCAGGAGCCCUGGUUUUACAGUUCCACUGUUGGAUUUGGGAACCGGGCACUGGCUGAAAAGGUCAGAGGGUGGCUCUUGCUAUAGGCACAGGGUGCUGCCGGCCUUUGGAAAGCGGAGGAAAAGCCCUUCUCCUCGCCCCGCACACAUUUCACUCCCACUCUACUGGGCUUCCAAGCUUGGCUUUGGCAUUCAGGCCCCUAUAUUUUCUGUAGGAAAAAUCGUUGAGAACACUUUUUUUAUAUAGGUAAUUUUAAGACCAUCAUUACGCUGUGCGUAAAGAAUGUACAGAGAAAUUUGUAGGUAUUUUUUGAAGAACAUUAAUUUGUUAAUGAUAUGUAGCUAUUUAAUUUUUCCCUUUCCUAUUGUAAUCAUUCAUAUUUUUUUGUUUGGAAAAAAAAGUUGAUCUUUUUUUUGUCGUAGAUUCGUCUGUAAAAGUGCAGGAACACAGUUAUUCUAUGAGAACACUGCAUCUGCAUUACUAGCCACUAGUUUGUUAUUGCUACAGGCUACUGAGUGUCGUGACAGGAAAACAUCCCACUGCUGACCGGCUCGGUGGAGGACACUCCUGGGACAGGUCUCUUUGUCAGUGAACAAGAGCGUCACUCGGGGGGGGGGGGGUCAGCGGUGCUGGCGGCUGGGUCCCUGGCGCACUGACCUAUCUGGGAUAGGCGGUACCCUGGAGGGGCCUCGGGCAGAGGGGGCAGCAGAAAACCAAACAUUUCACUGAGAAAGAGCCCCUCCCUGCUCUAAGAAGGGGCUCCGUGAAGUUCUUCCAGAGCCGCGCCGUCUACCGUGCGCUCUGACCUUCUCUCCAUGUGUGUAAAUCUGUAAUAUACCAUUCUCUGUGGCCUGUUUUUCCUGGAAGAAGAAAAAAAAAAGGUUUGGCAGGCCAUCUUUUUUUGUACUUAAAAGUAGCCUUAAGAACAAUAAUAAAGUGCUCUUAAACUACA